GGAUUCCCGGUGAUUCCGUCCGCCCAAUUUUUGACACCCGAGAGAGAAGAAAAGCUGUCCCCUUUUCUAGAGUUUUUUCCCCUUCAGUUUUGUUAGCCAGUCAGUCAGUCAGUCAGUGUUAGAAGAAGAAGAAGAAGUGGAGGAGGAGGAUCCAUGGCCCCGUUGAGCCAGCACCAGAUUCGCCUCAGGCAGGCGCUGGCCAAGAGGCCCAAGACCAAGAUGCUCGCCGGGUUUGGCGUUAAACCCUCCACCGCUUUCUCCAAGCCGGCGCAGCCGCAGAUGCUGCCGUCGCUGCCGGCCGCGCAGCCGCCCAGGCGACGCGUGCGUGUCCUGUACGAGGACCCCGACGCCACCGACUCGGACACCGACGACGAGGAGGCUGCCGCCGCCCCUGCCUCCUCCAAGCGCUGCUUCGAGCUGUUCCUCGGCAAGGCCCCGGCGGCAAAGGUGUUUGCCAAGCCGGUCACUCCGGCGGCCGCGGCUGCUGCGGCUGUCUGCACCACCAGCAGCGCCAGCGCCGAGGCGCACCGUGGGGUGCGCCUCCGCAAGUGGGGCAAAUGGGCGGCCGAGAUCCGCAACCCCUUCUCCGGCAAGAGGGAGUGGCUUGGCACCUUCGACACUGCCGACCUGGCCUCUGCUGCCUACCAGGCCGCCUCCCGAAGCUUUAUCGAGGAGAAGCGUCGCCGCCGUGGCCAGUCCGGUGCCGCGGCCUCACCUGCUCAGUCGGCCACGUCCUCACCGGCGUCGUCUUCCACACCGACGGCAUCUUCGUCGUCCUCCACCUCGGCUGCUCCAUUCGCGCACCCGUCACCGUCUUCUGUUCUGGAAGCCACCAAGCUGGCAGCUGAGUCCAUUUCGCCUGAGCCGACACCAGUUCCCGUCAUGGUGUCCACCACACCCGAGACAGCGCAGCUUCCCGACGACCCAGAGUUCUACCAGGACCUCCUGCGUGGGCUUCAGCUGCCGGACAUUGACCCGAUGGACUUCCGCGCGGGGCUUGAUGCCUUGGACGUCUCGGAGGCGUCGGCUUAUUUGGACGGCGAACAGGACCUGCUGCUCGGCGACUUGGCCGACGAGGAGCUGGAGCUGGACAUGGACCUUGACAUCGGCGAUGACUUCCUGGAGAUGCCCGGCUGCGACUUUGGCCGAGGCAUGGAUGAUUUCCUGCAAACCGUCGAUUUCUGCGUCUGAAUUGGGAGAGGUUUAAGGUUUUACUAUCUCUUAAGUAAUGCUGGUGUGAUGGACCGGCCUCGUGUGAGUGUAAUCGGUGUGCAUUGGGAGGGAGGAGGAGGAUCCUCUUGGGUUUUUCCCCGGGCAGCUCAACCAGCUCGUGCCCAAGACGGUGUCUGUUUUCCCGAGCACAUUAGCGUUAUGGUGAGAGUAUUUUUGAUAGUAGGUUACAUUGUGAUAAGUUAUAGUAGCUGCUGGUUAUGUUAAGUUGCUCUUGUUUAUGUUAUCUGUCAAUGUUGGUCCAGACAUUGUAGCUAGCUCAAGACAAGUCUUGUGGCUGUUGCUUCUAGUGGUAUUAUGAAAAAGAAAAAUAAGUUCGCAUUAUA